CUUCCACAGGGAUUGUUUCACAGAAUCUACGGAUGAGACCUUUACACUUCUCACUAGUCUUCAGAAGGCCCAUAUCAGGUUGUGACUGAACCGAGAAUUUCAGUAGGAUAAUUCUUAGGUGCUUUUUGUUUAUUUAAUAGUUAACUUCUUUCUUUCAGCUUCUUUAGAGAUAAAGAAUUAUGAAUCCCAAAGAACUUGUCAGCACAGUAUCAUAGAGGCCUGGAAGAAGAGACCAGCUGCCCUGAUUAUAAUUCUUAGGACACCCAGACUUUUAAAUUUUGAAAUGGAAAUGCAGCAUCAUAAACCUCAACCAAACAACUGAGCAGAGUUCUCAAGAUUUUUACUUGAUUUGUAGCAUUUUUGUUUGUGCCAGUUUUUGUCACUUGCACUUGAAUACCAAAGGGAGGCUAAAGCCUAGUUAACAGGUUCCUUGCUGACUCACCUCAUACGAUCAUUUUCCAGAGGAGCCAGGCCCCGGCUGACUGCCCUGGCCAACUCAAACUCCUGGGUGAGAUGGUUGCCCGACUUCGUCUAACAGGUUGGCAAGAAGUCGAUCUGCAGACACGGGUCAGGGCACAAGUGGGUGCCCGUGUUAAGUAGGCCUCAGAUGGGCCACCAGAGCUGCCCGGAAGUAUCUGGGUGAUUACUGACAGUGGCCAUCUUAAGGCCUGACUUCAACUUCUUUGCAACCACAAUCACCCAGAAGAGACUGCUUGCUGCCUGGCAGCGAGUCCCCGGUGGGUGGGCGGCGCCUGCAAGCGGCCUCGGGAUGCCCUCCGGGGCACCAUCCGGGUUUCGGUUCCCGGCCGGCGUCUGGCUCGCCCUGGGUCACAUGGGAGGCGAGCUCUGCCCGCCUGCGGUUCCCGUGGCAACGCCAAUCCCCGGCCAAUCCGGGCCUCGGAAGUGCCGGCGCCGCCCGCCCACCCGGGGCUGGAAAGGGCCGUGGAGGACGGGCGGCGGAGGGACCGGCUGCCGACCCGGCCAUGCUUCGCCGCCCGCGGAGUCCGCUCUGGCUCCUGCUCCUGCUGCUGCUGCUGCCGCCCCCGGGCACGUGGGGAGACGGCGGCCGCGCGAGGCCGAGGGAGGGAGCCGAGGAGGCGGGUGAGGCCGGGUCCUGCCCGGCCUUCCAGGGCCUGCGGGAGCGGCUGAGGGCGGCCGGCGCCCUCUGCAGACGCUACUGGGCUCUCUUCAGCUGCCGCGUGUGGCCCGAGGGAUGCAGGCAGGAUGAGGAGGAGCCGGCGCGGCCCCUGGGCUGGAGCCUUCCCCUGUUGGGCCAGCAGUACCUGGAUAUCCUGACCACCUGGUACUGCAGCUUCCGGGACUGUUGUGACAGUGGGGACUGCAGGAUCAUCAAUAACUUCACAGGCCUAGAGGCGGAUCUGCGCGUGCGCCUGCAUGGCCAGCACCUGGCCCAGGAGCUGGUCCUGACAGCAGCCAGGGGCUACUUGGAGCUGCCCCAGCCAGACAAGGCCCUGGCUCUGUCGUUCCACGGCUGGUCUGGCACAGGCAAGAACUUCGUGGCGCGGAUGCUGGCAGAGAACCUGUACCGGGACGGGCUGAGGAGCGACUGUGUCAAGGUGUUCAUCGCCACGUUGCACUUUCCUCACCACAAGUAUGUGGACCUGUACCAGGAGCAGCUGGCAGGCCAGAUCAGGAAGACGCAGGAGCACUGCCACCAGACCCUGUUCAUUUUAGAUGAGGCUGAGAAGCUGCACCCAGGACUGCUAGAGGCCCUCAGGCCACACCUGGAACGCCAGGCCCCCGAGAACCCGAGGGCCAAGUCCCCGAGAACCAUCUUUCUUUUUCUCAGUAACCUUGCGGGCAAUAUCAUCAAUGAGGUAGUCCUGAACCUGCUUAAGGCUGGGUGGUCCCGGGAAGAAAUUGGGAUGGAGCACUUGGAGCCCCAACUCCAGGCUGGGAUUGUGGAAGCCACAGACAGUGGCUUUGGACACAGCUGUCUUGUGAAGGAAAACCUGAUUGACUUCUUCAUCCCCUUCCUGCCACUGGAGUACCGUCACGUGAGGCUGUGUGCACGUGAUGCUUUCCUGAGCCAGGAGCUCCUGUAUACGGAAGAGGCACUAGAUGAAAUCGCCAAGAUGAUGGUGUACGUCCCCAAGGAGGAACAACUCUUCUCUUCUCAGGGAUGCAAAUCUGUUUCCCAGAGAAUUAACUAUUUCAUGCCUUGAGAGCUAGAUGACAACUUCCCAAAGCUGCCUUCCUUCCACUAAUAGGAUCCUGGGGCCUGUCAGCACACUGUCCAGGACGUAACGGGUUGGAGGGGCAGGCUAGCAUCCAGCAGCCACAAGCACAAGUGGUGUGUAAAAGGGAGGCCUUAAAUCAGAGACAGAGCCAAUUCUUAAAAUCACUUGGUGCCUUACAGAGCCACAUUCCAAAAUGUGGGCCAGCUGGUUGGAGAAAGUCAUGUGGGAGAUAAAUCCCAAGGAUUUAUUAGCAUAUCAGCUCCUGCCUGCAGAUGCCUGGACUUGGGGGUUGGGCCUGAGGCUGCAGUAUCCUCAGCGACAGAGAAGGGAAAAAUUAACUUCUGCUUACCAGUGGCAGGAACUGGGUGGGUUAGCUUUCAAGUUGUUGUUCCCAGAGGGAAGCUGAUCAGCUUCUAUCUGUGAGAUCAGGAAAGAGCCUCAGGCUGAAGGAAAAAGUGCACAGAGGAAGAUUUUUUUUUUUUUUAAUCAGGUCAGUGUAGGCUAAGCCUUGUUCUGCUCUGCAGAUUUAAAUCAAUUAAAAUUAUUUUUUUUUAAGUUAGGGACCUUGACAUGAUUUUAUCAUAUGUAAAGAUUAAAAUUUUGUAUUUUUCUAAAA